AAACCAACGCGGCAAAUGUGCAAUAUACCCGUACUCGAGCAUCAAAGCUGAUCGACCGUCUGAAAGAUUUCCAUAACAGUAGCAACAGCUUCUACGUAAUCGCGGGGUUAAAUAAUUCUCCGGUGUUUUUGAGUUAGAUCGCGUAAAGAAAUGCGGCUGUUUGUCAUUUAUGCUCUCGCUUUUGCGGCACUCUGCGGUAGCCAGAUUAUUGCAGACGCCGCUCCACGUUCCAGUGGAGGAACAAUUAUCGCCGGAGCUGUUUCCUUUACCACGGCUUACGUAUGUAACAACGUGUUCUCCACCACUCCUAACCCAGCAUGCUACUUCCUCACUCCGGCGGUCAACGGACUAUCCACCGGAACUCCAACGACUAACGCUCCAGGGGCGACCUUCACGUGCAACGGAGUCACCCAAUCAACACCCAACCCGGCCUGCAUUUACCAGACGACACCGAUGGGCAUCGCGUACCAAGGCUUCCUUACCGCGGGAGUGCAGUACCAGUGCGGCGGAACAACGUCCGCAACGUAUAAUCCGGAAUGCACGUAUAACACUGCGCCGUCAAACAAUAUCCUAGUCGGUACAAUCGGGAAUGUCUACCCAACAUAUUCCUUUGUGUGCAACGGACAAACAACAAACACGUACAAUUCAUUAUGCACCUAUCCUUACCAAGCCGUCAACAAUGUCUUUUACGGUACUUCGCAAGCCGGCGUUACCCAAAUCUGGACGCCUCCCACGUUUGUGUGUAACGGUGUGACGUCCUUCUUACCGAGUCCGGCGUGUCACUACCUGACGCCACCGGUGAACAACGUUUUUACCGGCACCACGGGCACACAGUGCCAUUCGCCAUGCCCUUCGUCCAGCGUGUUAAUCUGUAUCCCCACUGGAGGCACCACUGGUUCACCAGGCGUCGUUAUCGGCACCCCCGUCCAAGGCUAAUAUGGAUAUGGUGCGUCUGCUUAUACUAUACACUUUCCGACUUCCGAGAAACAUCAAAGAAGUUCUGCAUUCACGAAGUAAUCAACAACCUUUUCGAUUUCCAUGUUGUCCUGUUCCGGCAACUACAAUUUUUAAAACAUUGGCCUGUUGUUUCACGUCCUGUUUUUGACAUACCGUACUUUAUAAAAGCUGUCUGAAUGUUUCCGCACUUGGAUAUUACUUUUCAGUAUAUUUAAUAAACUCAGCACACAGGUUUUGCUCGAACAUUUCCUUGUUGCGAAUGGAAAUAAAAAUUUCUGACAAA